AUGGACCACUCUGUCUUGACUUUAUUUGUUCUCCUCCUCAGCUCUACUUGUUUUGCUGUAGAGGAACCAGACACUCUCUUCUGCCCAAAACCCCAGGAACACUUUGAUGGCUCCUGCUAUGAGUUUGUUGGUCUGCAGCGUUCCUUCCUUAGUGCUCAAAAUUGGUGCGAGCGAGGAGGAGGACACAUAGCCUUCAUCCUGAACAGCGAGACGCAGCAGUUCCUUCAGAAGCACUUAAGUUUGGAGAAGGACUGGUGGCUUGGAUUGGCACCUGCUGCACCAAAUCUCACUCUGGAUGCCAAUGAGGUUUCUCUGGCAUGGCUGGAUGGCUCAGAUGUCAGCUACGAUAACUGGGAGGAAAUACCCGAUCCACAAGCAACCUGUGGACAUAUCCUGAAACAGUCAGGCUUCCAGUGGGAAGCAUCAGACAACUGUAGCCAAGAACUUAACUUUGUCUGCCAGUUUGAUUCCGGGAGAUCUAUUGCAUGUGAAGGCCAGAAUGUCACAUUGCAGUGCGGCUCGGGUCAAGUCUUAGAGAUAGUUGACAGCUUCUAUGGUCGAAAAACAAUUCACUACUGUAGGACCAAACUCACCGCCCCAGUCUUAACUCCUCAGGAGCAGUGCAGCUGGAUAGAUGUUAUGGCCACUGUAAAGGCCAGUUGCCAUGGUCUGCAAGCGUGCCAAGCUGAUGGGAAGCCUUACAGUGAACCCUGUCCUCUGUUGGGAAGUUACUUGUCUGUGGAAUACCGCUGCAAAGAUGGACUCCACCUGCUGAUAAGUAAACUGGCGGCAGUGUUUGAUAAUGUCACUAUUACUGUCAAGUGGCUGCUGAAUCCAUAUGAGGGAAACCUUACAUGUGCUCUGAAUGCUGGAGAUGGACAUACCAUUGAUCCCUAUAGCCCAGAAGAGACUGAAAGCACAGUAAUGCACACGUUCAAAACACCUGGACUUUUUGUGGUCACGGUGGAGUGUUCCACCAGUGAUUGGCAUGUGACGGCUCAAAAGUCCAUAACAGUUCAGGAGCCUGUGGGUCAGUUUGGUGACAUCAAGUGCUAUAGCACCAACACAUCAGAAGGUGGCACUAACUGCACCUUGUUCUAUGGCGGAGGGCCUGUUGAAGUCCAGGUCACAGUAGAGGCAGGUACACAUGUUACCUAUGUGCUUCAAUAUAAGGACAUUUUACUUGCAAACUCAAUGGCUGAGCAAGGGAUCACGGCGCACAACAUUACGCUGAAUGCAAAUACAGUGGAAAAGCUGGGGCGUGGCUGUAACAACCUCACUUUGACCGCCUCCAACAAUGUCACAACCCAGACGGUGUCCACCGAGUUUCAGUUGUGUCUACUGGAGACGGUGGAGGGUCUGCAAGCCUCAGUGAUAGCAGAGGACGGCCAGUGUCCCGACUCCACUGAUCUCAAUAUUAGUGUCUCACUGGAGCGAGGAGCCCCUGUGCGACUUCUCUUCACGCUGACUGCGGGCAAUGACAGUCACUCUGAGACAAGAGAGAUGCUCAAUGGAAGCUCACAAACGUAUACCUUUGGUAGCCCAGUGGAAGAAUUGUUCAGUUUAAAUGUGCAAGCUGUGAACGCCUUCUCAGCCUCUGAUUUUAAUGUGAGCCUGGAUCAAAUAUUCCUGGCCUGCAAGAACUACUCAGACUCUGGAAACCAGGUAUGCAUUAGUGUUGGUGACUCUUACAACUUGAGAGUCAACACAUCUGUCGAGUCUGUGGCUGACUACACCAAUGAUGUCACUCUCACGGUUCAUGGAGAUGCAUCAUUGCCCAGCAAAGGAAUUAAAUACAAGUGGGAUUGUAGAGGGGAUUGCAAAUGUAGAAACCAAAAAAAUGAUGAAACUCAUGUGAUUGACAAACAAUGCCUUCCGAAUCCAUUUGAGAUGGCUGUGUACACUGUGACUGUGAAAAAAACAGCCUGGUUUAGGAAAUGGGUCAAACUGGCCUCCGCCUCAAAGUGCAUCACCGUUGUUCCAAAAGAAUUCCAAAAUGUCACCAUCAGCUGUGAUAACUGCAUUUCAAUUAAUGUGCGCCAAACUGUAAAGUUGAAACUGAACUGUGAGAAGACAUGCCCAGAUGUGGAUUGGUACCUUGAAGAUCCAAAGCCAUUAAAGGGUGAACGUAAAACCUGCUACUCGCAAGAAGGAAGAAAGCCACUGAUGAAGGAGCAGGAAGGCAACACUAAAUUCCUUGUUAAAAGUCAACAGCUGACAUAUUCAAGGGAUAAUUUGCUUAACAUCACUGUUAUUGCUCAAGGAACAUCGGACUUAGGUUAUGCCAGGUAUACACUGCCAAUACCAGAUCCAGAGCCAACAACUCAAGCCCCUGCAGACCCUCACCCCCCAACUUGUAGCAUCUCUCCACCAUCAGGCACUGUGCUUGAUGCGUUUGAUAUCACCUGCCAAGCAAGUUCCUUCUGUUCUUCAGGCUGUCUUUAUUGUUUCAAGACAAACACGGGCAAACAUCUGCGCUGCAGUAAUACUGAAGUUGUGAAAUCUAUCUUAUUGCCCAUCGGAGACGAGAAGAACAAUUACAAUCUGUCCCUUGUGGUGACUGUGAAAAAUGAAGAUAAGGAAGUAACCACGACUGUCCACGCUCAGGUAUGGAAAAGCAACACCAGUGCUUCUGUGGAUGCUCUCCAGUCAGUGCUAGAUGAUUCAGUCUCCCAUCUGGAGGAGCAGGGUCUCCUCUCUGGUGAGGCCCUCGGACAAAUCGUCACCUCAGUUGUCGAUGUGCUUAACACAGAGACUGACGAAGAUCAGAAGGACGCGAGAACGAAGCUUCGAGAGCAGAUGCUGAGCAAAAUGACCACAGUGUUGCAAGAUUCCCCCACCAACACCAGUCAGGGGGUGCAAGUGACAGCCAUGGCUGUAGUCGGACUCACGCAGCGCUCAGACGAGCUCAGUACCUCUGCCCAGGAAGAAGCGAGUUCAUUGUUGGUUGACCUUAGCUCCUCCCUAAACACUAUUAGUAUUCAUCAAGAAGACGAGGACGAUGUAGAAGUUGUGGAAGGAGCUGCACCUAUAGUUGAAGCAGCCAGUAAUAUUCUGAACGCUUCGUCAAAUGAAAAAGUUUCCAACUUUCUUCUUGCUGGGAUAAACAAUGUCCAGAAUGCUUUGCUGAAUCAUAAGAAGUUGAAUGGAGAUCCAAUCAUCAUUGACUCUAAUCAGAUCAGUGUAUAUGUCAAUAGAGUGUCUCCAGAAACCAUGUCUGAGCAGGACAUAAACAUCCAGAGGAGCAGUGCUUCUAGAUUUUCUUUCCCUUCUCUGCCUGCUGAUGUAGUCUCACCGGACGAGCCAGUGGAUGUUAGAAUGAUGAGUUUUGAAAAGAACCCAUAUUCGUGGAAAGGGGGAAACAUUUCGGGAACUGUGGGAUCUGUCUCUCUUACAAGAAUGAACGGCUCCGUCAUCCCUGUUAAGAAUUUGCCUUCAGAGAUUGAGAUUCUCCUUCCCAGGCCAGAUGUACGACAGGAGAACAGUACAGUUCUGGACUUGGGAAAUUUUAGCACGAUUAUUAUUGAAGUUCCUUCCCCUGAUGUAACACUGGUGCUAAAAACUGAGCCCUCUGAAGACAUUUCCUUCAUGUUACUUCUUGGGUACAAGAAGUAUCCGACGAGUGAGGACUAUGUCGCUAAAAUUCAGAUGCCUCUCGAGAAUGUAAAAGAAGAGGAAAAAUAUACCUGGGUACUUAGUCCUCGAGAUAGGACAGGUGAUGUUGGUGUGCACUUCCUUGUCAUGAAGCCAAAAGUAGAGCCGGGCGUAAAAUCUGUUAACACCACUGUCAGUAUCAUAACCAUUGCAGCCCAGUGCAAGUACUGGGACGAUAUCGAGUCUUCUUGGAGUGAAAAUGGCUGCCGGGUAAGUGGUAAACCAUCUUUUGCCUCUUUGAGUUAUGAAAAGCAUCAUCCGCAUUGUUUUUUCGCUUUAUUCUUCCUACAGGUUGGCCCACUCACCACGCCUUUGGUCACUCAGUGUCUGUGUAACCACUUAACUUUCUUUGGCAGCUCUUUUUUUGUCAUGCCAAACCUAGUAGACGUAUCCCGCACCGCAGAACUUUUCGCCACUUUCGCCAACAACCCUGUGGUGGUGUGUUUUGUGGGGGCAAUCUUCUUUGCUUAUCUCCUGGUGGUUGUCUGGGCUCGAAGAAAAGACAUUCAGGACACAGCUAAGGUCAAGAUUACAGUGCUUGAAGAUAAUGACCCUUUGGCAGAGUACUGCUAUAUGGUGACAGUUAGCACGGGCCAUCGCCAUGGGGCAGCCACCUCCUCACAGGUGACAUUAACCUUGCUGGGAACGGAAGGAGAAAGCGAGCCCCACCAUCUGACUGAUCUUGAGAAACCUUUGUUUGAGAGGGGUGGAGAGGACAUAUUUCUCUUGACCACACACUUUUCUCUUGGAGAGCUGCAGGGCAUCAGGUUGUGGCAUGACAACUCGGGCAGCCACCCUGCAUGGUAUGUCAACAAAGUAACAGUGCAAGAUCUGGAUGGUGGCCAGAAAUGGCACUUUCUUUGUAACUCCUGGCUUGCUGUCGACGUGGGAGAGUGCAGUCUUGACAAGGUCUUCCCAGUAGCUACAGAGGAGGACCUGAAGAGAUUUAGCAAUCUGUUUUUCAUGAAGACAGCUAAGGAUUUCCGCGAUGGACACAUCUGGUUCUCUGUCAUAAGUCGACCUCCAUGCAGCACUUUUACCCGUGUGCAGCGAGUUUCUUGCUGCUUUUCCCUGUUGCUGUGCACCAUGCUAACUAGCAUCAUGUUUUGGGGUGUUCCUACAGAUCCCUCGGAACAGACCAUGGACCUGGGUCACAUUGAGUUCACCUGGCAGCAGGUUAUGAUUGGCUUUCAGAGUUCCAUCAUCAUGUUUCCCAUCAAUCUACUCAUUGUGAGCAUCUUUAGAAACACUCGUCCACGCGAAAAGGUCAUAAAAUCAGACAAGACAAAGCAGGGGAAGACAGUUCGAGUGUCCCCAUCACAGACCUCUUCCCCUCUGAAAGAACAGAAGGACAUCACACCAGACACUGUGAUGAAGGACAUAAAGAGAAUUGCCCAGUCACUGUCAAAGGCCAUGAAGAGUCCUCUGCCUCAUAUUGACCUACGACCUGGUCAACAGACCGAUAUCAACACCUUGCUGUCACUGGUGGAAGACAUCAUAAGACAGCAAAAUCGAUCCUCCUGUGACUUCUACACUGAUACCGCCAAAAGAGAACGCUCCAUCCUCAGUCUAGGUGCAGUGGACCUUCAAGAAAAGAGUGUAUGGGGCAGCCCGGAGAGGACCUCAGAUGGGGUUCAGAAGAAGAGCAACAACACCAGGUAUCUGUACAGGCAGCUGCGUCAUGUUGAGAAGAAGCUUGGUUUCCUGGGAUCUUCUCGAUUCCCAAACCCAGACAGCUACAACAAAGCCAUGCAGCAAGUUCAGGGAAUGAAGAACCUUCUGGAGUUCCACCUCCCGUCACCAUGCCUGGAUGGAGAACAGUCGGAUCGCAGUCCCAGUCCAGAAGAGAGAGGAGAAAACGGAGCCGGUGCUAAAAAAUGUUGCCAGAGUGGGUUGCCAUGGUGGUUUGUCUUUGUCGGCUGGACAUUGGUGAUCGCAACUAGCGGUGUGUCAGGAUACUUCACCAUGAUGUACGGGCUGACUUAUGGGAAAGAUCGCUCUAUAAGCUGGUUAAUCUCCAUGGUGGUGUCUUUUUUUGAGAGCUUGUUCAUCACGCAACCUCUUAAGGUUCUUGGCUUUGCUGCUUUCUUUGCUCUUGUUCUGAAGAAGGUGGACCAGGAAGAAUACGGAGACCCUCAGAUUGACGAUAGCCUCAAAAAUCAUGAUGAUCCUGAUGCUGUGCGAGCAGCACGAAGAGACAGCACAUGCAGUUUCUACCAACCACCGCCUCCAACGGACAUUGAGAGGAUGAGGAACAACAUGAUUAAAGAGCAGAAAGUAUUUGCUCUCAUUCGGGAAAUUCUUGCCUAUAUGGGGUUUAUGUGGAUGUUGCUCCUGGUGGCAUAUGGCCAGAGGGAUCCCAAUGCUUACUUCCUGACCCAGCACAUUCGCCAGAGCUUCAGCAAAGGCAUCGCAGACACUAUGAGUAUUCAAGAUGUGUUCAACUGGGCAAACACAACCGUUCUGAGCAGCUUGUUUGGAGAUCACCCAGGCUUCAUCACAGAUGGAAACUCAAAGCUAGUGGGUAAUGCCCGUCUUCGCCAAAUGAGGGUAAAGAACAAUUCUUGUCACGUGGCUCACCGCUUGCAACAGGCAGUGCCUGAAUGUCAUGCUCUGUACUCAUGGGAGAUGGAGGACAUUGGCUCCUAUGUCCCAGGCUGGAAGUAUUCUAAAGCCGAUAAUACAUCUGAGGACCUCCACAGCCCCUGGAAGUAUCAGUCUCAGGGUAAACUGAGGGCCUAUCCCAUCUGGGGAAGCAUGAUGCUCUAUAGAGGAGGAGGCUUUGUGGUGGAACUUGGACCAGAUUUACAUAACUCCACCAGAUCUCUUCGAUAUCUUUAUGAAAACCGUUGGUUUGAUACGUACACCCAAGCCAUCUUUGUUGAGUUCACAGUGUACAAUGCCAACGUCAACCUCUUCUGCAUCAUCACACUCAUGCUGGAGACUACAGCCAUAGGGGCUUUCCAGUUUCGCAGUGAGCUCCAAAAUGUUCGUCUCUACCAAUCAACUGGUGGCCUGCACAUCUUUGUUAUGGCCUCUGAAGUCAUUUACUUCCUCUUCAUCCUGUAUUACAUGUUUGUUCAGGCAAAGCUGAUGAAGCAGCAGAGAUGGACCUACUUCAAGAGUAAAUUGAACCUACUUGAGCUGGCGAUCAUCAUUCUCAGCUGGAGUGCACUGUCCAUCUUCAUCAAGAGGACUCUGCUUGGGAAGCGGGACAUGGAAUACUACCAGAACCACAAAGACCAAUACGCCAGUUUUCAUGAGACAGCCAAGGCUGAUGCAGUGCUAGGCUAUCUGAUUGCCUUCCUGGUGCUGCUGGCUACAAUCAAACUGUGGCACCUGCUGAGACUUAACCCCAAGCUGCACAUGAUCACAGCGACGCUCCAGCGAGCCUGGACAGAUAUCUCCGGCUUCCUGGUGGUCAUGACCAUCAUGUUUCUGGCCUACUCCAUCGCUUCUAAUCUGAUGUAUGGCUGGAAGCUGUACUCUUAUCGCACUCUUUUCGAUGCUGCUCAGACCAUGGUCAGCCUUCAGCUGGGCAUUUUCAACUAUGAUGAGGUUCUGAAUUACAACCCAGUACUAGGUGCCUUCCUCAUUGGCUCCUGCAUUGUGUUCAUGACGUUUGUGGUGCUCAACCUCUUUAUCUCUGUCAUCCUUGUGGCCUUCAGCCAAGAGCAGAUACAUCACAAGCCAUCAGAGGAGGAGGAGAUAGUGGACCUGAUGAUGAUGAAAGUCUGCAGUUUAUUCGGAAUCAAAUGUAAGAAGCAUGGUGAUAACAGCUUUUCUGACAAGGCUGGAAUUUCAUCUACUCCAAAUAACAAGAUCUCAAUAAUUUCCCCGGGGAGCCUUGAUAAGGAUUCGUAUGUUCCACUUUAGUCAAAGUUAUUAUAAAAACGCGCUUUGGGCUUUGUUGUUGCUUGCUUGUUUCAUUCUUCUACUGUGCUGUUGACUGCAUACAGGCCUACAAGUAUGUGCAUUGUUUUCAUCUAUUCCGUCUUUACUCUAUGUACGUCUCUCUACUCUAUGUCUGUAUUGUAAGAGAAGAUGAAACAGUUAAUGUAGGGACUAGGAUGCAUGGUAUACACAAAGCACUACAUUCAUGCUUCUGUAUAUCUAAUGUCUUGGGUGAUGUACAAUAGAUUAUAUUGAGCACAAUAAUAGUAUUUGCUUAAAGGGGGCCUAUGACAAUUC